AUGAUGAUAAAAAUAAAGGAAAUUGCUUACUGAACAGAAUUGGAAAAUGAUGAUACUAACUCCCCCCCUCCGUGAGUGAACAAAAUUUUUUUUGUUCACUCACGGAGGGGGUUAAUUUUUUUUUUUUAAAAACAAUGUAAUAGAAAUUUUAUAGAAAAUUUUUUUUUUCGAAAUUUAAAAAAAUCCUAAUUCGCAAAAAUUUGAAAGCAAAUAUUAAUUUAAUUUAUAAAAUUUAUGUUUUAAAAAGCAAUUCGUUUAAAAGUAAACAGAAUUAGCUCUAGAUUUCAUUAUACUAGUUAUCACUUAUAUAUAAAAUUUUUUUUCCUUAAAAAAAUUUUUGUUCAAAAAUGGCGAUUUUUCUAAUGGUUUUGUUCACUCACGGAGGGGGGGGAGUAAGAAUAAAAUAUUUGGCUUCGUCUCUCUUCAGAUUAUAUGAGAAAGACUGAUAAUUUUGCGAAAUCAUCAACACUUAGAGGCACCUAAAUCCUUAAAAACAAUUGUUUCAAAGUGCUUUUUUGUAAAAUGGCCUUUGAUUUUUCAUCAGUUCUCCAGUAAAAGUGAUGGGACUGCUUUGUAG